AGCAGAAAAAUGGGGAAGGCGAAGCAGUUAGCAAAGGUACUAGGAUCACUAGAGGGUUUCACAACCAAAGAGAAUUGGGACAGGUUCUUCAUCGCCAUCCAAGACGGCAACUAUGCCUUCGAGUGGUACGAGGACUGGCCUGAGCUCCAAGGCCCACUGCUGUCCAAUCUCCCAAAGCCCGAGUCCCAAACCCUACCGCUGCAAUUACUCGUGCCCGGUUGCGGUACUUCCCACCUGUCUGAGCACCUCUAUGAUGCCGGAUUUAAGGCCAUCACCAACAUUGACCUAUCUGAGGUCGCCAUUUCGGACAUGCUGCGCCGCAAUGCGCGUAUACGCCCUGGUAUGAAGUGGCAAGUCAUGGACGUCACUGCCAUGCAGUUCGAGGAUGAGAGCUUUGACGUUGUUGUUGAUAAAGGCGGCUUAGAUGCUUUGAUGGACCCAGAGUUUGGCGUGCAGAUGGGCAAUCAAUUUUUACAAGAGGUUAACAGGGUUCUAAAGUUUGGGGGCAAAUUUAUUUGCUUUACUUGGGCGUGGUCUGAUGUUCUAGGUUCGCUUUUCUCCACCUUCCGCUUUGGUUGGAAAGUGGGCUUUCAUGCCAUUCCUCUGAACCUGUCUACCAAGCCUCAGGGCCAUAACCUUCAAACCUUUAUGAUGGUGGCUGAAAAAGAGAUCCCUACUGCUCUGCAUCAAAUUGCAAUAUCAUCACUCAAAACUGCUUCUCAUGAAAAUCAGGGCUGUAGCUUCCAGCUUGAAGCUUUUGAAACUGAGAACCGAAUUCGUAGAGAAUGCUCCACUUCUGUAACUACUGGUUCUGACGUGCUCUGCGCGCUUGAAGAUCAAUGGAGUGGCAGGGUCCGUAAUUAAGUAGAAUAAUAAGGUGGAUUUACCAUCAUGGAUAUGAAUAUAUUUCCUCUAUGUAAUGAAUAAGGUCUCUCUUUUAUUUUGUGUGUUAUGUGGUGGAUGUACCAUCAGAAUUCCUUUGUUAAGGAGGAAUAAAAAGUAUAUAUAUGCACUAGUUUUGUUU